AUGGAAAAGCAGGCCCGCAAAGAUCCUGCAAUUGAAGUGUUAAGAUCAAUGAGAGAUUUACACCCAGCUCAUUACCUAUUCAAGAUAGAGAGAUUGUCGUUAUAUCCUAAGGGUAAUAAAGGAAGGAAUGGAGAUGGCCACAUUUCACUCUACUUGGUCAUAAGAGAUACUUGUCAUCUUCCUCCUGGUUGGGAGAUUAAUGCCCAGUUUAGAUUUUUUAUCUACAAUCAUAUAGAGGAUAAGUACUUGACCAUCGAAGAUGCUAAGGCGGGGACAAGGCGUUUUCAUCGAAUGAGGACUGAAUGGGGAUUUGCCCAAUUACUCUCCUUGGACACUUUCAAUCAUCCACUCGAGGGGUACCUGUUUGAUGAUUCUUGCAUGUUUGGAGUGGAGGUUUUUGUUAUUAAAUAUGCUGGCAGAGGACAGAUCUUUUCGAUGAUCAGGGAGCCCAAGAACAACAGCUUUACUUGGAAGGUUAACAACUUUUCCUUACUCAAGGAUGACCAUGUUUACUCUGAGGUGUUUGAAGUUGAGGGACAACAAUGGUAG